AUGGACCCUCAAGAAGAAAACCUUAUCAGAAAAUCCAUUGGCGCCCCUAAGAUUGAUGUCCUCCCGGGUCAGCAGGAGCAGAGUAACCUGCCCACAGGCCCAAGCACCGAGAUGCAAGAGAACCGAAGCCAGGCUGAAAUAAUAAAGCAAAAGACAGCUGAAAUCCCUCCAGCAGUCGGGAACGCUGACGAUCCUGAUGCGAUCACUCCUGCUGAAGCUUCCACUUCGUUUGUGUUACCUAAAAUCGAUAACCAACCUCCUAUCGAAUUUCCUACAACAGGAGAGACAGGCAGAUCUGACGUGGGAGCCGCAUCAACUAAUGGUGUCGUAGGAAAUAAGAACAGGACGAAUCCCACAGCGACCAUUGACAUUGAGCCUCGGUCGCUCGUGCACAAGGCUGCCUCGGUACCAGACCUGGGCUCUAUCAACAGAAAGACCAAUGUUGAUCCUGGGGGAGAUAUGACAGAGAAAAAACCCGAAACAGUGGAUAUUUUCCCUGAUCCACCGAAGGAUGAUCCAAAGAAGUCAGCCGAAGAAGUUGCUCAGCCGAUAGCUGCAUGA